AUGACUAGUAUCAACUUGACAACAGCUGGCUCAGCGACCGAUGCAAUUGACCUAGAGUCUCUUCCUCGCCUUUCGCACCGCGGUGAGGAAGAAGGCAGACAGCCAGUCGAUAUCAAUGCUUCAUCAGAGGAGACUAUUGCUCUGCCAAAAUGGAAUCAUCCUCCUAUUAACAAAUACCGUACUGCCGCAACAUUUUGGUCAUUUCUUGUUGUUGGAAUGAACGACGGAUCUUAUGGUGCUUUAGUUCCCUUGCUCGAGGAGUAUUACCACAAGAAUCAUACCCUUGUGUCUCUAGUGUUCCUAACGCCCUUUGUUGGUUAUGCUAUCGCCUCUGCUAUCAACAGCCUAAUGCAUGUGCAUUUUGGUCAAAGAGGUGUAGCAUUGCUUGCACCCAUGUGCCAUAUUGUACCAUAUCUUAUCUUCUCCUUCCAUCCUCCUUACCCCGUUAUGAUUUCCAUGUAUGUCCUUGUAGGCAUAGGCAAUGGAUUAGCUGAUGCCGCGUGGUGUUCUUUCAUAGGACAGAUGGUGAACUCGCACGAGAUGUCGGGUAUCCUACAGGCAUGCUACGCCCUAGGGGCCACUAUUGCUCCUCUUGUUGCCACUGGCCUCUCUGGAGAAGGUAUGCCAGGCUGGUAUGCAUUCUUCUAUGUCAUGACUGCUGCGUCACUGGUAGAGCUCAUCGCCUUGACAAUCACAUUUUGGACACAGACUGGAGCCGUCUACUUGUCUGAAGCGCCCUCAGCGUCUGGUGCAAAAUCGGGACGUAUGCGCCAGGUCUUGAAGAACAAACUAUCAUGGAUAUUCGCUUUCUUCGUCUUUGGAUACUGUGGAGCCGAAGUUGCUCUUGGCGGCUGGGUGGUCGUCUUCAUGCAAAAGAGGCGUAGCGCUUCCGCUAUCGUUGGCAGUUCCGUGGCCACCGGCUUUUGGGGCGGUAUGACAGUCGGGCGGCUCUUUUUAUCCUUGAUAACAGUCCGAUUGGGAGAAUUCUGGGCCAUGUUCCUAUACAUAGGAGUCACUAUUGCUUUGGAGCUGGUCUUUUGGCUGGUGCCAAACCUGAUCGUUAGUGCAGUGGCAGCGGCACUCAUCGGUGUUGCAAUGGGUCCAAUGUACCCAGUUGCAGUUGUUCUCAUCACUAAGAUCAUGCCUCGUUCUUUGCAUGUUGGGACUAUUGGAUUCGCUGCUUCCUUUGGUGGCUCUGGUGGUGCAAUUCUGCCCUUUGGCGUUGGAGCCAUUGCGCAGGCAAGAGGGGUACAAACACUGCAACCCAUUGUCCUCGCUAUUUGCGUUGUGCUUGGCUGUUUGUGGCUACUACUUCCCCGCAGGCCAAUGGUAAAAGAUAACACGGAUGUCAAUGAGAACUCUGUGUAG